AUGUCCUCCACGGGGGUAAAUGUGAGCCUCCUCCUUCUACCAGACCAUCAGAUAGAGCCAUUGAGCUUUGCAGAGUGGACAAGAUGAGCCAUACUCUAACAAGAUUACACUACAGGUCCUCCGGUGGGGCGCUCUCACCUUUGGUAUCUUCUAUGGCUUCACCCACCAGCAGGCCAUUUUCGCAAAGGACAAGACGGCCGCAUACCAACACGAAUACGACCGAAAACAGAAGCUCAUAGAUGAGGCGAAGGCGAAGUACGCGGAGAAGACGACACCUAAGACUGGCGAUGGUGGUGAGUACUUCCAAAGGAAAGACUACUGGCGCAAUCAGGAGGCUGGGAAUAAUCUCCGGACUGUGAGAGGACUACAGGAAGGCCGCAAGAGGACUACAAGAAGGACUGGAGACUACACAGAGAAUCAAGAGUGCUAACAGACUGCUUGCAAUACAGUAAUAACGAACCCUGACGACCCCAAAUUCGACCUCGAAAAGUACCUCGACAAGGUCUCGAAGCAGAGCCCAUGA